AAAAAUGUAAAAAUAAAUAACAACUAGUGCUGCCUGAACCGAAACCGAACCAACCUCUUUUUCGAUCAAAAAAAAUUCCAGCGAAAUUUUCAUGUCCAUCUUGCCUUCCAAGGAUCUAGGUUCAGCAUCGUCUUCUUCGUCUCAGGCUCCUCAAAACCCUAAUAAUUCCAAUCAUGGACUCAUCUUCCUUCAUCAUCAUCAUCCACACCCACAACUUCAACCCCAUCUCUCUCAAUCUCCUCCCAUCGAAUCUCAAUCUCUCCACUCGCUUCAGAUCUCUAACCCCAUCGAUAUUAUUUCAGGAUCGGUGGCUCCAGCUUCAGAAAAUUCUAGUGGAUCUUCCAAAAAGUUGCCGAGCCUCAUCCUUCCUUUCCAGGUGAACGAAUCAUGGAAACCAAAUGGUAAGAAACUUCUGGUCCACCAAAACAAUGUUACAAAUUCUCAUUGUGAUGCUUCUUUUGGCCAAGAGGUUGGAUCUGCUCAGCACAGAGAGAAGCUGUCUGGAACUGUUGUUUCUCCACAUAGUCAACGGGCUUCUGGUUCUAUCAAUUGUCAAGCAAGCUCUACACAUACAGCAGGAAGAAAAACCCAGAUGGUGAAUGGAAACCACCUGCUAAAUUUUCAUUAUGAUCCUAUUUCUCGUCCACAACCAAGGGCUCCUCCUCCACGAAGACAUCAAAAGAGGAAGCCUUACAACAAAGAUUUGUUCCUUCAAGCAAAUUACAAAUUUGUUGUGUUAGACUCUGGCGACUAUACUCCCGAGUCACUGGAUCCAGAUAAAAUGUUGAGGUGGGAAGAUAUUAUAUGUAUGAAGUUGUCAACUCAAUUUCCUGUACAAUGCCCUAUAUGUUUGGAUGAUCCUCUUUGUCCACAGAUAACCUCGUGUGGUCACAUUUUUUGUUUCCCUUGUAUUCUGCGCUACUUUUUAAUUGGUGAAGAUGAUCAUAAAGGUGAAUGCUGGAAAAAGUGCCCUUUAUGUUUUAUGAUGAUAUCUUCAAAGGAUUUGUAUACGAUCUACAUUGAGAAUGUUAAGCAGCACUGCGUUAGUGAUACUGCAGAGUUUAUGCUUUUAACCCGUCCAAAAGACUCGAUUACUUUAUCCCUGAAAAACAAACAAGGGAUAGGUACCAAUGAAGACGCUCCUGCUUCCUUUUCGAAGUUUAUUUUCACAUCAGAUGUGGACCUGUCAGUUAGAAAGGCCAUAUCAGAUCUAGAUAGUUGGCUAGCCAGAGCAGAUUCAGGACUUGUGGAUGACUUGGAGAAACUUCCUUAUGUUUGUGCUGCAAUGGAACAAUUAGAGCAUAGGAGAAAAUAUUGGAAUGAGCAGCGGGUUAGUCAUGUCAAUAUUGCUGGUCAUGAACCUUGCAAGUUGGAUGGUGAGGUCUGUUUGGAUCAAAAUGUUGAUGUGUUUGAACCAUUUGGAGAGCAAGAGGGUGCUUUAUCUUCUUCGUAUGAAGAUAGUAAGAGUGUGCAGAGGAACUUUGAUGGCUUGAGGGAUAGAAACGAAAAGGAUUCAUACAAUUUCUAUCAGGCUGUUGAUGGUCAGCACCUAAUCCUUCAUCCUUUAAACAUGAAGUGUCUUCUACACCAUCAUGGGAGCUAUGAUAUGCUUCCACACAGAAUCAGUGGAAAGAUUUUACAAUUGGAGACAGUAACUCAAUCAGAGGCCAUAAGGAGGCGUUACCGUUUCUUAAGCCAUUUUUCUUUGACAACAACAUUUCAGCUUUGUGAAAUUGAUCUCAGUGAUUCGUUGCCUCCUGAUGCUCUUUCUCCAUUUAUGGAUGAAAUUAAGAAUCGGGAAAAGCAGAGAAAGCGUCUUGCGAGGAAGGAACGGGAGGAGAAAAACAGGGCUGAGGUUGUUUCAACACAUUGUGUGCUCGUACCAUCUAAUUUUGCACAAUGCUCUCGUGAUACUUCCCCUACCUUCUCCAUGGAUGACUUUGAAGCUUUGGGAAGUUCUGUUACAUCAUCAAGCCUUCCAACUACGUCAUCAAGCCCUCCAACUCUCAGGGAAAAGAAGCUGUUUGCAAAUGUUGCAAAGCUGGGUUUUGCAGCUGCGCAUGACUCUCCAGCCUUGAAAAUUGAUGGCACGCAUAAACUUGAAGUGACAAGCAAUUCUCCUAGUAUGAAUGGUUUGAGGAAUGAUGGUACUCCAUCGUUUGCGAAUAUAAUAUCCAGAGCAAAAACUUUUGAAGGCCCAGAUGCGUCCAAAAUGAAUGAGAUGGCCAAGAAAGGGAAGAAACCGAGUAAAGUCCUCCUGUCGACAGCUGGUGGUCGGCGCUACUAAAAGCUGUCGCAAACACUAUUUGUGUAAAACUAGAAUCUGUAUAUUUUGAUGAUAUGUGAACUCCAAGCAAGAAUCUGUGGCUGUUAGAUGGCAACAAAUAAUAACUUACAUCUGUUUGUUGUUUUUUUUGUUCCCUGUAUAGUUUUAAAUGAAUAAGAGGUUACUAUUAGAACCGAACCAUCAGACCAAUCGACCAGCGAGCAAUUGGUCUGUUUAAUGCUGA